AUGAUAUACUCAAAUCUCUGUGUUCAAAAUCAAGCUGGAAGCAAAUCUGAGGCCAACAACUAUGUCUUGCAGAAGAAAGUUUAUUGGGAAGACUUAAACCCAUUUUACAAAAGGCUAAAAAUGAUAAAGAAUCUUUGUUGCAGAAGUUUGCACAGUGAACUUACAAGUAAAAGAAAUGUCAUCUCACAUUCUUUGACCACAGAAGCCAUGUGGAGCACAAUAAUCAGUUUUAUAAUGGGGAAAGUUGUGUGUGAUGAAGAUAUUGAAUAUAUGUGGGGAGAGGUUGAGUUAAAUUCAACAGCAUCAAGAAAAAAUGGCAGGCAUGAUAUUCUUUCACUUCCAAAAGUUACAACGGGACAUAAAGGGGAUGGAGCAGGACUGUCAAAUGAUGGACAUGAAUGCUUUGUUUUGGAAAUAUCUUAUGCUCUGCAAAACCAAGAUAGGAGGAAGAUGGCUGAAGAUUUUUAUAAGUUGCUUCAAGAAAUGAGAGACAUGCUUCAUGCUUCUAAGAAAGAAAAGUGUGAAUUAGGCUAUAAGAUACCAAAAGAGGAUGAAGCAUAUAAUGCUGAAAUGGCAAUCUGUACCUUGGCUUUGUAUGUUGCAUCUGAAUAUGAGGAUGAAGCACAUAAUUCCAAAAUGAUACCUCAUCUAUUUGAUGUUAAAGAUUUAGCAGAGUAUGUAGUAAAUUCAGCAUUAGGAGAAUUAGAUGAUUCGGAUUCU